AUGUCUCUGGUAGACCAAGAUGUUCUAACGCAACAACAAAGCACUAGCUUAGCAACAAGCACAGUAACAACGGUAAGCGCAGCUCUCACAACAAAGACUACAACCACGACUUCAGCAAUGACAGCGGUUUCACAACGCAGUUCUCCCACACCUGCACAAACGGAAAUUUCUGCACCAGCCCAAGCCAAGCAACGCAGCUUAGCGCAAGUUGACCUACUUAAUCCAACAACCCGUACAUUGACUCAAACGGGUAUUGAUAGGUAUAUACAAGUCAAACGAAAAUUAAGCCCACAGCAGCAAAUAAUUGCAAACCCAUCAAAAAUUGCAAAAACGAAAACCACUGACAUUAACCCUCUACUGGGAAAUAAGUUUGCGAUUCUGGACAAUGAAUGUGACAAAGAGCCGAAUGAAGUUUCUAAAGCCAAACCCAAACCGCCCCCAAUUUAUUUACGAGAGCAAAACUGUAGUGAGCUCGUGAAUAAAUUAACUCAGCUUAUUGGAGACAAUACGUUCCACGUAACAUCAGUUACCAAGGGCAAUAUUAAAGCGACCAAACUUCAGAUUCUAACUGAAGAAAAUUACCG